GGGACAGCAAGAUCAAGGAUCAACAAUAAAGAACGAUCAAGAUGGAGCGUUCGAUAUCAGCUUGGAGAUAUGGAUUGAACUGGCCAAUCAGCGCACACCCAAUUGACCGACGCACGUGCCACGCGCCAAGCGUCCGUCUCGGCAAGGUGAAACAUUAGUCCGAGAGGCUAGCCCCUGUCAGCCUCAGGCCAUCCGUUUCUGCCCCUUUUACAGCGUGUUUGCUUGUUUUGCUCGGUCGUGUGCGCGCUAUCUCCAACCGCAGUCCCCUCUUCUGCUUGACAGUGGACAAUUGGCCAUUCCCAAGCAGACUGUCGCCUGUAUAUACCGUGUCCGAGACCUGCUACACAACUUCACCGACUUGAGAGACGUUACGUUACAAUCAAUCAGUCGUCAUGGGUGGUUCAGUGUCCAAAUUGAUGGGGAAGAUCUUCGGAUCAAAGGAGAUGCGCAUUCUCAUGCUCGGUCUUGAUGCCGCCGGAAAGACCACUAUUUUGUACAAGUUGAAACUUAACCAGGAUGUGACCACGAUUCCGACCGUCGGUUUCAACGUCGAGAGCGUGACCUACAAGAACGUCAAAUUCAAUGUUUGGGAUGUUGGCGGUCAGGAUAAGAUUCGUCCAUUGUGGAGGCAUUACUAUUCGGGUACCCAAGGUCUUAUCUUCGUGGUUGACUCGAGCGAUACUGCCCGUCUGAAUGAAGCCCGAUCCGAAUUGCACAAGAUCAUUAAUGACCGUGAAAUGAAAGAUGCGCUGCUCUUAGUCUUUGCCAACAAGCAGGAUACCCCAGGCCAUCUUAGCCCCGAGGAAAUCACCAAUGCUCUCCAACUCAACAAACUCAAGGACCGACUGUGGUAUGUCGUACCCAGUGUCGCCACUGAAGGUACCGGUAUCUUUGAAGGACUGGCUUGGCUCUCGAAUAACGUCAAGACCCCAGCUCCUGCUAAAUAAACAUCGAAAACUCGUUAACCCUUCCGCCACGCCGAAUUGUACAACACUCGAAUAGUCGUUGCUUUGCCUGAUUAAUAUAUUAAUGACCACGCAGCAUUCGAAAAUUGGUUCUUUGUUUUGUCUUGUCUUGUUGAAUUGUUUCGCAUAUUGCCGUUUGGGCCUCUAUGAUAUCCCUGUUGUAUUUCCCAUAAUUUCUUUAUUGGCUUGUUCUUCUUUGUUCUUCUCGAUAUUGUUCUCUCCUUUAUUUAGUUUUUUUACACGUCCAGUUUGUCUCACAAUUACUACUCACAUGCCGGGGAGGUUAUUUUGCGACGAUCCAUUAUGUAUAGAAAGAAGAGCACUUUUGA